GGCUUGGCUUCUGCCCCGCGGCGCCUCCGGCCUUCCUCUCCGUGCCGGGCAGGGCAGGGCAGCCCAGGCCCCGGUGCUCCUCCUCCGGCCCAGCCUCUCAGCGCCGGGGAAGAGGGGGUGCAGCCGGGCUGGGCGGGGAAGGGGCGGCCGGGCGGAGCCGCGUCAUUUCGGGGACGGGGGCGGAGCGGGCUGUUUCCCCUCCAGGCCCCAAGGCAGGAGCCGCUGCCAGUUGCAUAAAAGCAGCAGCCGGGGCGGGGACCGGGCCACCAUGCCGCCCUGACCGGUAGCGUCCGCCGCACGCCGCCGAGUGACCUUAUAACAUGCAAGCCAUUGAUCCUAGGGGGAAUUCCCCUGCUUUCCUUCAGCCUCAGAAUGGGAGCAGUCAUCGAUCAUCUGGCUAUGUUCCAGGGAGAAUUGUUCCUCUUCGUCCACCCCCACGUCCAAAGAGCCAAACUUCAGCCAAAUUUACAUCUGCAGGACAAGAAGCUCAUGCAACAUUUGCCCUCUCACCAGAGGAGCAGCGCCGUCAAGCAGAAACCAGCAGAAAGAAAAGACACAAAAAUACUCUCAUUUGCUUUGGCAUUUCUAGCUUUUCAUUUUUUAUUGCACUGGCAGUUAUCUUGGGAAUAUCUUCAAAAUAUGCACCAGAUGAGAAUUGUCCAGAUCAGAACCCUCGUCUUCAGAAUUGGAACCCUGGACAAGAUACUGGAAAGAGAGUUAUCAUCAAAAAGGGAGAUUUGUUUCGUCUGAAUAUGGAUGCUACAGUGCACUCUAUAGUCAUACAGGAUGGAGGAUUGCUUGUCUUUGGUGAUGAUAAAGAUGGAUCCAGAAAUAUCACUUUGAAAACUCGCUUUAUCCUGAUAAAGGAUGGUGGAGCGCUUCAUAUUGGAGCACAAAACUGUCGCUAUAAAUCCAAAGCAACUAUAAUCUUGUAUGGCAAAUCAGAUGAAGGUGAUCAUGUGCCAACAUUUGGCAAAAAGUUUAUUGGUGUUGGCUCUGAUGGAACACUGGAAUUGCAUGGGACUCAGAAGUUAUCAUGGACUUUGCUGUCCAAGACUGUAUAUUCCUCAGGGCUGGCCUCUGGUUCUUAUGCAUUUGAAAGGAAUUUUUCCCGAGGGCUAAAUGUGAGAGUGAUUGACCAGGACACAGCACAAGUUUUGGUUGUUGAUAAGUUUGAUACCCAUGAAUAUCAAAACGAAAGCAGGAGACUUCAGGAUAUUUUAAAAGGUCAGGAUCCUGGCCGCAUUGUUGCUAUUGCUGUGGGAGAUUCAGCUGCUAAAAAUCUCCUGGACGAAACCAGAUUCACUAUUCAAAACCUUCUGGGAAGUAAGCUUGUCAAAGGAUUGAGUUACAGGCAAGCCUGGGCUUUAGUUGGUGUUAUAGGUGGUGGAAAUUCCUCCUGUAAUGAAUCUGUGAGAGACUAUGAAAAUCAUAGCACUGGGGGAAAAGCUCUUGCUCAUAGAGAAUUUUUCACAAUGGAUGGUCAGAAGUUUUCUGUGAGAGCUUUUAGUGAAUGGAAUGAAGGUGUCCCACGUUCAGGUUUUCAGGUAGAGGCUAUAGAUGGAGUGAUACUACAUCUGUUGGAGGAUGUUAGUAAGUGGGAGACUGAAGACCAGAUUGUAGUUGCAAGCACCGAUUAUUCAAUGUACCAAGCAGAGGAAUUCACUCUCCUUCCCUGUCCAGAGUGUAACAGAUAUCAGGUCAAAGUCAAAGAAAAUCCCCAGUUUCUUCAUAUGGGAGAUGUCAUUGAUGGAGUGGACAUGAGGGCAGAGGUUGGAGUUCUCACUAGGAAUAUCCUGGUCAAGGGAGAGACAGAAAAGUCCUGCUAUGCUGGCAAUCAGUGUCAGUACUUCAAUUACGAUACAUUUGGUGGACAAAUCAAGAUUUUGAAGAAUUUCACAUCUGUUCAUCUCUCUCAUGUGGAACUGAGGCAAAUGGGCCAGCAACUGAUAGGAAGUUACCCUGUUCACUUCCACCGCUGUGGGGAUGUGGAUGAGAAAGGAGGUUACAGCUUCAGGACUUAUCUGGAAGGCCUUUCCAUUCAUCAUUGUUUCUCCAGAUGUGUGACAAUUCAUGCAACUAAUGGCUUGUUGGUAGAUAAGGACACCAUUGGUUAUGACACACUAGGCCACUGUUUCUUCAUAGAGGAUGGCAUUGAACAGAGGAAUAUUCUGUUCCACAACCUUGGACUAGUCACCAAACCAGGCGCUCUUCUUCCAGACAGAAAUAGCACCAUGUGUAUGGCCAUUAAGGAUAAAGUGUAUGGAAAUUAUGUUCCAGUGCCAGCCACAGACUGCAUGGCUGUUUCAACAUUCUGGAUUGCUCAUCCCAACAAUCAUCUUAUAAAUAAUGCAGCAGCAGGCUCACAGGAUGCUGGAAUAUGGUAUUUGUUCCACAAGAGUUCAACAGGAGAUUCUCAUGGUUUGUACCCUGAAACCAAGGCAGAGCUUACAUUAGGCAUCUUCUAUAACAACAGAGUUCAUUCUAAUUUUAGAUUUAUCGUGAAAGAUAAUUUUGCUGGCUUAUUUAUUGAUAAAGGUGUAAAAACCACCAAUGCUAGUGCUGAGGAUCCAAGGGAAUAUCUUUGUCUGGACAACAAUGCGAGGUUUCGACCUCAUCAAGAUGCCGACCCUGAGAAGCCCCGAGUUGCUGCUCUGAUUGACAGACUAAUUGCUUUUAAAAACAAUGAUCAUGGGUCUUGGGUCAGAGGAGGGGACAUCAUCAUUCAGAACUCUGGGUUUGCUGACAAUGGAAUAGGUUUAACUUUGCCAGGUGAUAAUCUUGGACUUCAUUUUGAUAGUGACGGAAGCUUCCCAAAAGAUGAAGGCUCCAGCCAGGAAGUAUCAGAAUCUUUGUUUGUUGGCGAGAGCAGGAAUUAUGGCUUCCACGGUGGCCAAAACAAAUACUCAGGAACUGGAGGAAUAGAUAAUAAAAAUCGCACUCUUCCUAGAAAUCGGACAUUUCCAAUCAGAGGUUUUCAGAUUUACGAUGGACCCAUUCAUCUUACCAAAUGCACAUUCAAAAACUUUGUGCCGACUGCUGAUAGAUACACCAGUGCAAUUGGAUUCCUGUUGAAAAACCCGUGGCAGUUGACACCUAAAAACAACAUUUCUCUCGUUAAGUUUGUUCCCUUUUAUGGUCAGGUUUCUCUGAAAGUCUUUUUUGGUAAACCUGGUCCCUGGUUUGAAGACAGUGCUGACGGUGACAAGAACUCAAUAUUCCAUGAUAUAGAUGGUUCUGUGGCUGAAUACAAGGAUACUUAUGUUGGUAGAAUGGAUAAUUUCCUGAUCCGACAUCCAAAAUGUAUUAAUAUUACACAGUGGAAUGGUGUGGUCUGCAGUGGGACCUAUGCACAGGUUGGAACUGUUGCAGUUCUUUUAUACAUCCAGACAAGGAACCCACAGAACCUUACUAUGACCAUAGUACGAGACGAAUACCCUUUCAGCCCCAUGGCACUCCGAGGUAUUAACCAGCGAGCUGCCUUUCAACAGUACCAGCCUGUAGUGAUGCUUCAGAAGGGCUAUACGAUCCAUUGGAAUGGACAAGCUCCCCAAAGCACUUUUCUUUAUCUCAUUAACUUUAACAGGAAUGACUGGAUUCGAGUUGGACUCUGUUAUCCAUUAAGCACAACUUUCAAUAACAUUGAUGUCUUUCAAAGGCAGACAUCUGCUUUCUAUAGUGUGGAGGACUAUACAUCAGUAACUUCGAUGAUGGAGCUGCAGAAAAAAUCGAUCAGAGAAGAAGUUUUAUUUUGACACAGCACUGGAUUGCUGUUUUUAUAUCCAGCCAAAUACAAUAGGGAUGGUCACAGUUAUUGUUCAGCUCAGGGAUGUGAAAGGGUCAAGAUUCAGGCCACUGUUCAAUCAAAAGAGAUCAGUAACUGCAUGACAAAAGCUUAUCCAAAGAGCUACCAAGCACCAACUGUUCUACAACCAAUGCCAGCCAAAACCACUGCACAGUGUAAUUGUGGCACAACUCAGAUGGCAUUUACCAGUGAUCCUCACAAAACCUACCUCCUUGUGCAAAUUCAGUCCACUAGCAAAGUAGAAUUACAAAGUAGUCUUCCAUCUUUUAUCUCUGUCAAUGGAAAUAAGUUUCCCUUCAAAGAUGUGGGUGUAUUUACCCUAGUAGUUGAUGCCUGUGUUGGCACUGUGACAGAAAAAAAAAUUUUUCUUCAAGCAAACAUUAAAAGCAUAGAUGAAUAUUUAAAAACUGGAAUUCCACAAAGAUCAAUAGUUUUACUAAGCACAAGAGGUGACAUAAGAAACCUUAAUAUUUCGGAAGCCUUAAUGUCCCUGGGAACAGCCAAACCAGCUCAUCUUCAAAAUAAGGGAAGCAUAGCCUUUCUUGGCUUCAGAGGGAACUUUAAACCUUCCUGGGCUAAGCUAUUUACCAGUCCUGCUGGGCAGGGCCUAGGUCAGAUUGAAAAGUUUAUACCUUUACAAAUGGAAGAGUAUGGCUGCACCAGAGUGAGCUCUAGCAAACGAAAAGACUUGGAACUUUUAAAGCAAGCUUCAAGAGCACAUUAGAGACUAAGAUGUACUAAGUGCUGGAAGAAAAUGUGAACUAACUUAUUUAAUUUAUGGCAUUUUAAACUAUACUUUAUCCCAAGUAAACCAUUUUACUGUUUUGAUAAAGACAUGCCUAUGUUGACCGCUGAAAUGCCAGUCUGUGCACCUUCUAGUUGUACAAAAUGUUAAAGAAUUUAUUACUAUUUGUAUAGACAGGGUUUUCAGAGAUUUUUUUCUGAUGUUUGUAUUUACUGAAAACAGUUACUUUUUUUUAAUACUUUUGUAGCCUGAGAAUUGAGGAUGCUUGUAAGGAUCCGCCUGGAGAAGUUUUGGUAGCAAGUAUUGGAUUGCUUAGGGUUUUAAAAAAAAAUUAAUUAAAAUAUCUGUCUCUUAA